AGAGGAUAUAGUGAAUGCAGGGUCCGUGGAGACCAGAUAUAGUGAAUGCAGGGUCCGGGGAGACUGGAUAUAGUGAAUGCGGGGUCCGGGGAGAGCAGAUAUAGUGAAUGCAGGGUCCGGGGAGACCAGAUAUAGUGAAUGCAGGGCUCCGGGGAGACCAGAUAUAGUGAAUGCAGGGUCCGGGGAGAGCGGAUAUAGUGAAUGCAGGGUCCGGGGGGACCGAUAUAGUGAAUGCGGGGUCCGGGGGGACCGGAUAUAGUGAAUGCAGGGUCCGGGGGGACCGGAUAUAGUGAAUGCGGGGUC